CAAGCUUUGGCUGUCUUUCACACGCGAACUCUGCUGGGCAAAGGAGAGACCAGAAGGGAGAUCUGCAUGAAGACUGAGCUGCUAAAGGAUAUCACCAACAAUAAGGAGGAAGGAUUUAAUGCUAUGGCAGCAGAUGAGAGUGCCAUAGAAAAACAAGUUGGGGAACCAAAGAUGGCCCCAGACGGGGAAACCAACGGGUCCUGCGAGCGCAACGAAACCAAGAGCCACCCCAACGCAGCUAGAAACCCUCAGGACAAUAUCAAAGCGACUCUAGGGGACUCCAUGGCUAAGUUAAGCAGGAUAGCGGAGAAUGGCAUUUCUGAGAGAGACAGCGACGCCGGGAAGCAGAACCACAUAAAAGCAAAUGACUUCACGCAGACUUCCGUCACCGGGAGCAAUGGGUACAUUUUGCCGAAGCAGAUGGCUCAGGAGCCGCCCUUAAGGACUGCCAGCAGCGCUUUUGCUUCCCUCACUGGCCAUGCGGCGAAAACCCUCCCUGCAGCAGCAAGCAAAGGGAGAACACUGGGUGCCCUUUCUCAGGCACAGACUGCCUUGCCAGCCAAGUACAGGGAGGGUGGGAAGGAUACGGAGGCAAAAAGAACCACAAACGCCAACAUCAAGGUCCACAGAGCCCGGAAGACGAUGCCCAAGAACACUUCUAGCCUGAAAGCAAGUAAAGACCCCAAAGAAGCAAAAGCACCUAAGGAAGAUGGUAACAAACAUGUUUUCGAAUUUGGAAAGUCCCCACCUUUGCCCUCUGUCCUUGGCCUUCAUUCAUCUCUACCUCAGAACCAGAGCUAUGUGGCCGCCUCAAAAUCACAGACAGCUGCUUCUGUGUCUCGGAAGAAGAAACGAAGAAUGGGAACUUACAGCCUGGUCCCCAAGAAAAAGAACAAAGUUUUAAAACAGCGGACUGUGAUCGAGAUGUUUAAGAGCAUCACCCACUCUUCGGCAGGUGGCAAGGGUGAAAAGGACGAUACGAGUCCUCAUGUGAACGGGGAAAGCUUAGAGGUGGAUUCCGAAGAGGAAGAUUCAGAUGAGCUUGAGGAGGAAGACGAACAUGGGACGGAGCAUCUGUCUGCCUUUCCUGCAGAGGACAACCAAACUGCUAAAGAAGUGGCUGCAGAGGCCAGCAAAGUUAGAAAGAUGGUUGAUGGUGAGUCGGAGGAGGACCAAGACUCUGGAGAAUCGGGAGAAGAUGAGGAAGAUGGUGAUGAGUCUGACUUGAGUUCAGAGUCCAGCCUCAAGAAGAAACUGAUGAAGAGGAAAGGGAAGACAGACAGCCCCUGGUUGAAACCCACCCGGAAGAGGAGGCGACGGAGUAAAAAGAAACCCAGCAGCAUUUCAGGUUCCGAAACGUACAAGCCACCUUUGGGGAGCGGAGAAGAAGCUGGGCCGGAGAACAACAUGGAAUACAUGGAGGUGUCUCUGGAUUCUUUGGAUCUCCGAGUAAAGGGAAUUCUAUCUUCACAAUCAGAAGGUCUUUCCAACGGGCCUGAAGCAAUGGAAGCCGACAGUCUUCAGGAAGUUCCUCUCUGUAGCUGCCGAAUGGAGACCCCCAAAAGCCGUGAGACCACCACGCUCGCCAAUAACCAGUGCAUGGCGACAGAGAGCAUGGACGAGGAGCUGAACCGAUGCACAAACCGCGUGCUGAAAUACGAGGUGAUGCGCCCGUCCAACAAGGUCCAGCUCUUAGUGCUGUGCGAAGAUCAUAGAGGGAGGAUGGUGAAACAUCAGUGCUGCCCGGGAUGCGGCUUCUUCUGUGCAGCGGGCACGUUCAUGGAGUGUCAGCCAGAGAGCAGCAUCUCCCACCGGUUUCACAAGAACUGUGCCUCCCAGGUCAAAGGCAUGAGCUACUGUCCACACUGUGGGGAGGAGGCCUCCAAGGCGAAAGAAGUGACGAUCGCCAAGGCGGACACUACCUCUACCCUUUCCCUGACCUACGAGCAGAAGAAAAUCGGGACUUCAGAGGGAAGGGCAGACACCACGACAGGGAGUGGCAUUCAACCAACCGAGGAAGGCCGGCCAGAGAGUUUGCCUGCCGAGGGGUUUGAUUUAGCUGGGACCUCUUCCUUUCCCAAGCCAGCCCCACCUGGAAUGCCCCCGGGACCCAUUAAAGAAACCCUUGAAAGCGCCUUGAUCGCCCUGGAUUCAGAAAAGCCCAAGAAAUUACGGUUUCACCCAAAGCAGUUGUAUUUCUCUGCACGGCAAGGAGAGCUGCAGAAGGUCCUCCUUAUGUUGGUGGACGGGAUUGACCCUAAUUUCAAAAUGGAGCAUCAAAACAAGAGAACCCCUCUUCAUGCAGCUGCAGAGUCUGGGCACGUGGACAUUUGCCACAUGCUGAUCCAGGCCGGUGCUAAUAUAGACAACUGCUCUGAGGACCAGAGGACUCCACUUAUGGAAGCAUCAGAGAACAAUCAUCUAGAGGCUGUAAAGUACCUCAUCAAGGCUGGAGCGCUUGUAGAUCCCAAGGAUGCAGAAGGCUCUACGUGUCUGCAUCUGGCAGCCAAGAAGGGGCAUUAUGAGGUGGUGCAGCAUCUUCUAUCCAAUGGGCAGAUGGAUGUCAACUGCCAGGAUGACGGAGGCUGGACGCCGAUGAUCUGGGCAACGGAAUACAAACAUGUUGAGCUGGUGAAGCUGCUCCUGGCCAAAGGAUCAGAUAUCAACAUCCGUGACAACGAGGAGAACAUUUGUUUACACUGGGCUGCUUUCUCGGGAUGCGUGGACAUAGCGGAGAUCUUGCUAGCUGCAAAAUGCGACUUGCAUGCGGUGAACAUCCAUGGAGAUUCCCCCUUGCACAUUGCGGCCCGAGAGAACCGCUACGAGUGUGUAGUCCUCUUCUUGUCCCGCGGUUCAGACGUCGCGCUGAAGAACAAGGAGGGCGAGACCCCCCUGCAGUGUUCGAGUCUCAACUCUCAAGUUUGGGUAGCUCUGCAGAUGAACAAGACCCUGAAAGAGUCGACUCCUGAGAAGCCUGUCCAGAUGGAGAAGAUCCUAAGCAGGUGUGAGCUGGAGAGCUUUGCCCUCCUCCGUAUGCUGCGGCCAGAGGCCAUUUUUUGGCUACGUUCAGACAUCACAUGCAAAUUUGACACCUGUGACACAGACCCUCUGUCUGAUCCCGUGGGCCAUUCACCUUUUUCCCGUUCUCUUGCUUUUCUGUUGUUCUGUAGGUAUGUUGGAGAACUGAUUUCUGAUUCAGAGGCAGACGUACGUGAAGAAGACUCCUAUCUCUUUGACCUUGACAAUAAGGAUGGAGAGGUGUACUGCAUAGAUGCCCGCUUCUACGGCAACAUCAGUCGCUUCAUAAACCACCUUUGUGAGCCAAACCUCAUCCCCGUGCGAGUGUUCAUGACCCACCAGGACCUGCGCUUUCCCAGAAUUGCCUUCUUCAGCAGCAGAAGCAUCCAAGCGGGAGAGGAGAUUGGGUUUGACUAUGGCGAGAGGUUCUGGGACAUCAAGGGCAAAUAUUUCAGUUGUCAGUGCGGCUCCCCCAAAUGCAGGCACUCCAGCGCCGCCCUCGCUUACCGGCAAGCAAGUACGUCGUCGUCGUCAUCCUCCCAGGAGGCAGCAGAGAACGGACUCCCGGAUACCAGCUCCACAGCAGUGGUGGUGGCUGCCCCGUUUUGAGGGCCUCUUUCAGCUUUCCCCAAAUGCACAGAUUGUAUGAAUUUCUCCAUCAAGAAAGGGUAACCUGGGAAAAGGAAGCCUAUGAGCUUGAGACACUCUGGCUCCAGGCACUGCUGUGAUUGUUACUUGAGGAACGAAUGAAAGCCUCGCGCUGUCGCCCCGACCCAACAUGCCUACGAUGUGCCAGGAAGCGGCUAGCUUGACAGCGUGUGUCCGGGGGCGGCUGCUCCCGCUUGUUCCACGCUGAGUGACCCACACGGCCUCUCUUAAUGUGACGCGUGUUCUCCGAGCCAAGAGAGAGUCUUCCCCCACCCCCGCCUCCCUCUUGGAAGGAAGAAAAUUGAAUGGACUGUUUAUGCCAAGUAUCUCCAGUUCGCUUGUAAUAAACUCUGCAUACUUGAUGAAACCCUUUUUUCAAAGCCAAGGCCUGCUCUUUUGGCACAGCUCUGGGGGGCUUUGCUAGCAGCUGAACCUUAACUUUCUCUUUCCUUGCUCGUUGCCCUGGAAUUGAAACCGUAUCGUCUCACGAACAGGUGCCUGCCAGUGACCUAAUCCAGUGCGUUAGACAUCUGCGCUCUCCUCUCCUGCAUCUACCUUUGAUUUCUCCAGGCCUGGCAGAUAUUUCUCAUGAGUCCUACCAGGGCUUCUCCGUUACAAACUGUCUCUUGGGGCAUGUUGCUUUUCUCAGUGUUUCCCUCCUCCCCACCCCCACCCCCCCACCAGCGGGUGUAUUUCCCUCUUCCAUUAUGCUAUGAAGCGUACAGGGAAUUAAUUUACAUGACACUAACUUCUAAAACGAAAGGAGCUUCUUUUUAAAAAUUAAAA